CCCAUCUUGGUGAACAUCAGAUGCAAUUCGAGCCCGGCUUGUUCCCAUUCAUCACCAUGGCCCUCCAACCCUACCGCUCCGGCCUAUGGCGGAGCAGCCAUGCCGCCCGAGCCCUCAUUCCCUGCGUGCGCACCUACGCUACCGACUCGACACCCGAAUCCUUCAAGACCAAGACCCCGUCUUCCUCUGGUGUAGUGCCACGAUGGAGCCAGACGCCUGCUGCUAUGAAGGCGCCGCUGCAACUCGACUGGGCAAAGAAUCCCCAGAACAAGGUCUGGACUGUCAACAGCGACCCCAAGAAGUUGGACGAGGUAUACGAGCGCCUGCUGGGUCCUGGGGGCAGCAAACUCCUGCCCGAGGAGCUCAAGUGGUUGGCUGUCACGCACAAGAGCUUUGAUCAGGGGCGGAGAGGAUUUAACGACCGAUUGGCACUUUUAGGACGAAUGGCUCUUGUCAUGGAGACAACAAAGACAAUUGUUGCGCAAGGUCCACUUGGGACGCCGAGUUUCGAUGACGGAUUUGAUCGCCAGCCAUUCGUGCAUUCAAAUUUACAAUCGGUAGACAAUCUCUCUGUCAAAGGACCCAAGGACAUCGUCGGCAAGGAGAGACUAUCUGGUUUGGCAGCUGAAGUGGGACUGAUCGAUGUUGUGCGGUGGAAGCCCAAACAGGUUCAAAAACUCCGAGCUUCUGGUGCCGAUGUCGUGCUCAACGGUGCCAUCAUGGCCAUCAUCGGUGCCAUCACAUUACAGCAUGGAGCAGUGGUGGCAUCACAGGUUAUCAGAGAGAGGAUAUUGUCAAGACUACAGGAUUGAGCAUGGUGAGUGGGUUAAUCUGUAUCAUAUCUGUACCAUAGAAGGUCUGGACCUGUACAUGACAGUCUGCAUGCUUGAUUCAAGCCGAUUAAAGACCAUAUCAUCGUUCAUAAAGCCCAGCAACAAGAAGCAUCCAUUUACGCACAUAUUCUGUCUAAUGAACAAAGAUCUAUCGCUGAAUUAGGCGCUCCAGUGACUGCAGGGCCAUGGAUGCACAGGGGUUGCACAAACUGAAGAGACGCAAAUGUUGAUCAAUUGACUGGAGACCGUAUUGCUUACCUACCACUGUCCUGUGAAGCUUGGCAAGAUAUAGGGAUUCACGGAUCUUCAGAGACUCAAGGUAGAACUUCACAUGUACAUUGCCAAAGAGGCACAUCUCAAUUAAGAUCGCUUAAUCUUUCCAUUGGUUCAAGUCGAAAGACUUCUAAGCGACGACUGCAUUCGGUAGGAUCCGUCAAAAAGAGGAAGUAUGUCUAGUCGGUUCUGUUUUAAAAAUAUUGUGGUGAGAACUGACAUGAGUGAGAUCAACAUUUUCAAUGGGCACUGAUGAUCUACACUCAAUAAGAGUAUCAUCAAUAAAAUGGCAAUAUAGC